AUGGCCGAGCCACUAGCCGAUGGAGCAUCCGGAACCCGACGGAAGGCCGUUGGAAAGCGUGCUACCGCACCUGCAGAGGUAGAUCCGGUGGUGGCGCCGCCGGCUCCGUGUGGGGCAUGCAAGUUCUUGAGGAGGAAGUGCAUCAGUGGGUGUAUAUUCGCACCCCACUUCGGCUCCGACCAAGGUGCAGCUCGGUUUGCAGCCGUGCACAAGGUGUUUGGUGCAAGUAACGUGUCGAAGCUCUUGUUGCAUAUACCGGUUAACCGGAGACACGAUGCUGUCGUUACAAUAUCGUAUGAAGCUCAGGCGAGGUUGUCGGAUCCUGUCUAUGGUUGCGUGUCCACCAUACUCGCUUUACAACAACAGGUGGCAUCUCUGCAAGGCGAGCUAGGAAUGGUGCAAACUCAGCUUAUAAAUAGCAGGUUUGCAUACACAAAUAUCAUUCAGAACUCACAGCAGCAGCAACAACAACAGCAUCAAAACAUUGCAGUGCUACAGCCUGCUUUCUCCAACAACUCUUCUGCUUCCAAUAACCUCAUCAGCAUGAGUGCUUUCACCCAAGAUUUUGACCUUGCAGGGGACGCUGCACCAUCCUCCCAUAGCAUAGAGCCUCUACAGCUUUCACGACCAUCCCUACAGGAUGAGGAUGAAGAUGAGGAAGAGAGUCGGAUUCCACCUAUAUUUGCCAAUAAGAUUCUUCAUCGGAGUUGA